AUGUCAGAAGUUGAUUCACAAGUUAUGAGAAAACCAAAUUACAGUAGCUCGAAUCAACCAAGCCAAUUAUAUCAAUAUUCGUCUAAUUCAGAGAAUGAUUCAAAUUCAAAUGUGGGCCUGUCACAUCCCCCUGCAACAGUCGAUUACGACUACAAAGAAUCAUAUGGUUAUAUAGCUAACCCUUCGGUUGAUUUUUCGCCAGCAAAUACCCCUUAUGGGUUAUUACGACAACCACAUCAGCCACCAAUUCAUCACCAUCUUGCUUCUCAAACUAUACAACAAACUGUGUCUCAUCAAGAAGGAUUUGCAGCUCCUCUUCCUCCUCCACUUUUACAUAGCAGCUCCUUACAAACCUCCUUACAUGCAACUAGUUUAAUUUCACAGCUGAAUCUGUAUUCUACCAAACUGCCUAGGGAAGAUCCAAGGCAAUUGAAGAGUCAGUCGCUUCCAGAAUUGAGAUCAUCUGGUUAUUCCCUAGUAGAAUCUUCAAGUUCCAUUGGGAGCAAUUCAACUACAGCAAAUUCAGAAGAAAUGAAAUCUAGAACAGGCAGCUACCCACUUCCAAUUUAUCAACAUAUUCCCCAACAAUUGCCAGAACAGCAUUUUACUUACCAUCAACCUGACCAUCAUCACCAUCAACAUACUAUGACAGGUAUGCAAAUACCGAUGAAUAUUGAGUUGAACCAAUAUCCAGAUAUGACUUCUUUAGUCAAUUCCAACUCUAAUAUUGUGGUCCCCUUAGUGGAAAGUCAAUUUGUUGAUCAUUCUGUUUGUACAGUAUGUGGUAAGAGAAUUACAAGAGAUAUGACUAGGCACAUGAGAACUCAUCAAAGUGAGUCGAGAUUUAAAUGUCAUUUCCCCAAGAAUCAAUGCCGUCAUAAGCUGGGUAAAUUUAACAGGCCUUAUGAUUUUAAGAAGCAUUUGUUGAAUCGUCAUUUCAAAUUUGACGAAGUUGCCGUUAGACGACUCCAUAACUUGAGUGAUAAAUUAGAUCACUGGGGCACUUGUCCCUGUGGUUUGAGAUUUAUGGGUAAAGAUUGGUUAUAUGAACAUAUUCUUAUUAAUGAUACUUCAAAAAAAUGCCCUUGUAUAGAAUAG